UCCAGCCAUAAAAAGGGGUGAUGCAACGAGCCGGCGACAACUGUAACUUAACCAGCUGAGAGCGAGAACACUCCACUCGGAGGAGAGCAUCACAACACGCGCGUUUUAUUCAGUCAAAACAAGAUUUCGUAAUGAUGCUUCAGCAUCCUGGUUUGGGUCCUUCGGAGAUCAGCGCGUCUGCUUUGGUCCCCUGCCUCUCCCCGCCCGGCUCACUCACGUUAGACGACUUCACCAACUUCACUCCGUUAGUGAAAGAGGAGCUGCGCUACGCCAUCCAGAACAAACGCCUGUCCAACGGCAUAAGCACCCUGACCACUGACCGAGCGUGUAUGAACACAGAACGCCCCACUGAACUACCUGUGAUGAAGCGUGAGGUCAAUCCAGAGGAGACUGAAAGGAGAAAAAGAAGGAGGGAAAGAAACAAAAUUGCAGCAGCGAAAUGCCGAAACAAGAAAAAGGAGAAAACAGACAAUUUACAAAAGGAGUCAGAAAAGUUGGAGUCCAUCAAUGCCGAGUUGAAAGCCCAGAUCGAGGAGCUGAAGAACCAGAAGCAGCAGCUAGUUUACAUGCUCAACCUGCAUAGGCCCACCUGUAUCGUCCGUGCACAGAACGGCCAGACCCCUGAAGACGAGAGGAAGCUCUUCAUCCAGCAAAUCAAAGAGACCACCCUGCAGGGUCUGAAUCUUACCACAAGUGGACCAACGCACACCUUAAUACCAACUAGCUGUGGGCAUGUCUAAAUCACAAACUGUACAGACAAGAAGCUAAAAGUUCACCAAGGAGCCCUGGAAGGUUCACCCAAUGUUGUAAAGGACUAAACACGGGUGUCUGCCAUGCUGCAGGUCGGUCUGGGUUGGUCCGAUGUACACUGAAAGAGACUGUUAAAGCACUAAAAUAUUGAAGGACGUUUGAUGGGUUUCUCUCCUAUUUAAAUGUGUUCGUAAUCGUAUGAUAUGCUUUUUGUAUGCACCAAAGCCUGAUGUCAUGUUGAUGCUAGAACAACAUGAUUUCCUUUAUUUAUCAGCUUGUUGGUUAAAUGAAACCCUGGCGGUGUGUUUGACAGCAAGUACUAUUCUAGUAAGAGGAGAAAACAUUUUGUGUGUAUUUUUUUCAUUUACUGGCAAGGGUGAUGAAGUUGUUUUAGUUACAUAUUUAUCUGUGGCCUCUGCCUUGUCCACGUAACAUGCCACAUGAAGUAUUUCAAGCUGCUACUAAUCUCUCAGGACUUGGUCUAAAUAUAUUACAGGAAACUCGUAUUAAACAAACAGAUAAAAUAACAGGGAAGUCGACACUGAGCGGACUUUGAGACGACGAGGUGUCCCGCACGCUACUUACAAGGAAGUUGCUACCCUUCAUCACUGAAAGCCUGUUUGCUGACUAUGUCGAUGUUACAAUGCUGUGAGCAGGAAGGUCUGCGUUUGCCAGCCUACUGUAAAAAAAGAGUGUUUCGUGCUAUUUGCAAGGACAUACUUAUUUUUAAUGUUGCAUUUUUCAUAUACCGUAGCUGUGUGUUGUUAUUGUCUAGAUGCACAAACCUCUACACUCCCAGCUGACAAGAAAUGUUCUCAGAGCAAAUGUUUAGUAACAAUAAUAGAAUAGACGUUUUUGUUCAGAACGUUAGCCAAAUGUUCUUAGAAUGUAUUUUUAUCAGCUGGGCUUGUCCGAAAGACAAAACACUUGAAGUAAAGCUCUUAUUAAUUGUCUGGUUAUGUUCCUAGAUCAUGUGUCAAGCAAUUUUAGUGUCACACCAUGUUGUUAGUGAAGAAACACAUACCACAAGACAUCUGAUCUGACCCUGUGACUGCAUUUCCUAAUAUGACAAAAAGGUAUAGUAGACUAUAAAAAUCACUCUGUUUCUACUGAGGAAAGCCCCUAAUUUGUUCACAAACUUCUCCCUCCUUUUUUGAACGUAGUUUGAAUUUAUCUACUGAAAGGUUAAGUGACGCAGGCGUCAGGUAGCUUUUUCCUUUGUUUUGUAUUUGUUCAAACAGGCAUGUCACAAAAUGUGGUACUACUGACAUUAAAUGUUCAAUGAAAAAUUGGUGUCCGGACAAAGUGUUCAAGUGCAAUUGCUCCCAAAAUGAUGAGAAAAUAAUGACCUGUAACAUUCAAUUGCAUAUUUAUAUGAAAUAUCUACAGCUUCAUUUUGACUGUCCGUUGUUUGUUUUUGAUACUUUAUUAAUAAAAAAGCUAUACCACCUCCA